GAACUGCCAGUUACAAAAAAAGACUAGAGUUGUGAUUCCUGCGGUAGAUUAUGCCUUACUAUGGACACAUCAAUCCCUUCUCUUCUGCUGGUUCUGUGGCUCAAGAGUUUCCUGAACUGGCUUGUGGUCAUGUUACAGCGACACUACAUGAUCCGGAAUUUCUCGGGAUUCUUUAGCUUUUCCUUGGCAUUGAUUGACAGUCUCUUGAGUUUUGUCCUCACAGCUAUUUUCUAUCUGGAGGAUGUCAGCAUCUCAGGCUGGCACUUCACCGGGUACUAUAUUUGCCUACUGACUCAGAUUGCUUGUUUUAUCUACGCCAUGCUACACUGGCCAGUGUUCCUCCUUAUGGGACUAGAUAACUUCUGGACAUUAUCAUCAAGCUCAAGACACACAUCCUGGACACAAAAGCUUACUUACAUUGCGGGAGUGUGUCUCCUUUGGAUUCUAGCAGCUUUGUAUGUUUUCUGGGAACCUGGCGUUGUUCCACUGUUUAGAGAUGACGUGAAGCACCAAUGCCAACUGUUCAGUAGCCCUCAGAGUUCUCAGAUACUUGUUGUGUUGCUACUGACAGUCACAUUUGUCAUUCUUUACACGUAUGCUCCUUUUGAGAAAUGGCGGGUGCAGGUUUUUCUGCAUUACACUCCACAAUGCUGUUUGAUUUGUUUAAGGCGGGUUAUGCAUACGUUUCUCAGUACGUGGGCCUCGUUUCUCGUUCUGAUGAUCAUUGCACCGAUGCUAAUGAUAGAGAUGCAUGCACUCCUGCAGUUAAACGUCAUCUGGUUGAGUUUCCUCAACAGUUUUUCUGUCGCUUUGGCACUGUGUGGCCGGUCUUUUGCCCAGCAUUCCCAGAAAAGUGACACCAUUACAGAUGGUUUUUGUUCGUGGUACGUUUGUUUUACAUAUGGAGCUGACGAGUGGAAUUAUGGACAACAAACUGACCGCACUGAAGUUAAAACGUUUUAAAUGUUUGACCAUUUAUUGUGGAGUAGACCUAUGCGUAGCCUAUUUGUUUUUUUUUUGUUUGUUUUUUUUUUUGUGUGUGUGUGUGUGUUUUUGUUGUUGUUUUGUUUGCAAUACAAAAAGAAAAUUAUGUGGUUUGUUAAAAAAAAAUAUUAUUUCCCUGUAGUACAGUAAUUCUCAAAGUGUGGUCCGCCAUCGUCCCCUAGUGGUCCGCGAAAAGAUGACCUAAACUAGGCAAGUGUUUACAAAAUUGUCACUUUUUCGCACGUACCAGUGUGAUCAGUCUUCUUGGCUGAUCCCUGGAGCGUACGAUCACACCGCUGUGAUUAGAACGGUCAGUGCAUCACAUGAUCAACUGCUUAAUUCAAAUGU